AUGGGGCUCCCUUUACUCGAAUCAACUAAUCAGAUAGAUGAUCUAUUUAAAAAGAGAUAUUCUAUAAGUCUACCAUCCACUCAACUUACAUCCAUCAAAAUUUCUCCCAAUGGUGAGAAUCUAGCUGUUAGUGCAUCUAAUGGUAAAAUCUAUAUUUACAACUUGGCCGAUGGUGAGUUAAUCACAACUUUAACAGGGCACACGAAAGGUGUAUCAGAAAUAGUUUACUCCCCUAUAAACUCAAAUAUUUUAGCAUCAUGUUCAGAUGAUCUUACUGUUCGAUUAUGGAACACCAAAACAAAUAAAUGUAUCAAAAUAUUCAAAAAACAUACUUAUCACAUAACAACGUUGAAAUUUGUUCAAAAAGGUAAUAUUUUAAUCAGUGGAUCAUCUGAUGAAACAAUAACAAUAUGGGAUAUAACUUCAAAUAAAAUAUUGACCACUUUGGCAGCACACAGUGAUCCAGUUCUGUCAAUUACUUUAACACCAGAUGAUACCAUUAUCAUAAGUGCUUCAUAUGAUGGAUUGAUGAGGUUAUUUGAUUUAGAAACAAGUCAAUGUUUGAAAACUUUAACUAAUUCAACAUCUCAUUAUGGGACAGCUACUGCUAGUACAAAUGAUGUUUUAAAUUUCCCAAUUUCUAAAGUUGAAAUAUCACCUAAUGGUCAAUUUAUCUUGAGUUCCAGUUUAGAUGGGAAGUUAAGAUUAUGGAAUUACAUGGAAAAUAAAGUUUAUAAAACAUAUCAAGGUUGGGAAAAGGCAAAGAUUUGUGAGAAGUUCAAUUGUGAUGUGAAGUUUAUUACAAAAUUAAAGAAAAACCCAUUAAUUGUUUCAGGUAGUGAUAAUACUGGAUUAUUGAUUUGGGAUGUUCAGCUGAAAGAUAUUGUGUUUAGAUUGACUCCCGAAAUUGCUGGUAAAGAUGCAAUUUUAGGAGUUGAUAUUUAUGAUCAAGGUGCUGUGUUAUGUUGUUGUAGUAGAGAUGGUGUAAUCACAGUUUUGGAUUUAAAUGAAAAGUAUAUCAAAAAAGCUGAAAAUGAAGAGAAGGAGCAACAAGAAUUAGAUCCAAGGGAAGGCUACGAUGAAACUCCUGCUGAAACUCCUAGAACUGAAACUCCUAGAGAGGAAUCACCUGGAAAUGAUACGCCAAGAGAUAAUAUUACUAGAGAUGAUACACCAAUAUAA